UGUGCGCGCGCGCGUGCGGACCGCGGAGCGCGAUAAGAGCCGAUGGAGGAGGAGGUCCCGCUGCUUGUUCUCGGGUAGCGCGAGGAAUGUUUGUAAGCAGAAGCUCGAGAAGCUCGUACACCGUGCAAUAACGAAAUGAUGGCGACCGAGACAUCGCUGCUGUGAUUUCAGGGCCAAAGUCUGCAUGGAUCUUUGUCCUCUGUAACUGGAGACAUUUCCCUUAAACGUUGCAUUUUAACUCUGGGCCAUGUCGUACUUGCUGUUGGCCAAUAGACCCUCCACCCGUGGCUCCACUGCAAUGAGGUUCUUUCACACACAUGUGGUUUUGUGUGUUCUGGUAUGGACAGCACAAGCAUCAGAUUUCAAAUCUUCUUUAGACACACAUUUCACAAGGACACAGUCUCACGCAGUGAAAAGACACAGGGAAUCACAGUCAAACACUUUUGCAGGCAUCUCAGGGAACACGGCACUUCCUCACGCAGAUCAGGCUACGAAUUCCCCGAGAUCCCCCGCCAGGAGAGUUUUGAAAGGACGCAGACCUUUACCUCAUUCGAGUUCAAACACACAGCCGGUUGAGAAACCCAACGUGCUCCAUGCUCACCCAGACACCAAUGCGCCUCGACAGGGCUCCCCAAGCUCCCCCUUACGGGUCUCUAAUCGGACCAGCUCUAUAAACGUCCUUACCAGUUUUGUAGGGAAGAACCGUGUGCUGGUCAUUUCAGCGCCGCAUGAGUCAGACGGAUACUACAGACUGAUGAUGAGCUUGCUCAAGCCUGACGUGUAUUGCCAAAUGGCAGACCGCCAUAUGCAGCAGAUCUUCAUGUUCCAUGCGAAAGAAGAAAUGGGUGGUAAAGUGAGACGUGUCGGAAACGAUGGCUCGAUUGCUGAGGAACAGUUAGAUCCAGCAUUAGUGCCCAGACUGAUGAGCUUUCUAAAACUAGAGGAGGGCAAGUUUGGCAUGGUGCUAUUGAGGAAAAACUUGCAGGUGGAGGAGAGGUACCCAUACCCAGUGCAGCUUGAGGCUAUGUAUGAGCUCAUAGAUCAGACGCCUGUGCGCAGGCUUGAGAAAGUCAGACAGAAAGGUUUUGUGGAAAGGUGUAAGGCAACUGGAAUGGAGGGGAAGGUAGUGGAGUCCACUGGGACAGUUUUGGCAGACCCCAAGUCCAACUCGCAGAAAGUCUCUCAAGAUAUUAAGAGUGAAGAAGGUGCAAGACCACCUUCCAAGCCUACUCCGAGUACCACCAUACAAUCUACCACCACCCAUACCACCAAAGUCACUAGAAGGAGAAUAUAUAUACACAAAUCUUUAAAACCUGCAACCACAACAGUUGCACCCACAACCCAGCCUGCCACUACUGCAACUACAACACCACCAACUACUACUGCUUCUACUACUACUACUACUACUGCUACUACUACUACAACUGCUACUACUGCAUCCACUACACUACCCACAACUGUGCCUCCAACUACCGUCAGUCCCACUACAUUAUGGACUACAGUGGCGCAUCGACAUCCACACAUACCAUCACACCGACACAAAGCCCGACCAAGCACCUUAGAACCUGUUACACGUAACCGUCAAAGGGAACACAGAGUAACUCACCCAUCCACUACCUCUGACUCAAAAAUCCAACACGGAGAGAAACACAAAGAUCGGACGGAUAAGAUUUCACCUGGAGCUCGCAGGCCUAAGCCUGUCAAGGACAAAACACCCAAGGGAGGAAAAAAAGUUAAGGAGCAGAUCAAUGAACAUGUAGAAGAGCAAGAAGCAGGAACGCCUACAGCAACUGAACAGGUGGAGGACCUGAUGACUACCAAAACGGGCAAGGCCACGGCUGAGAAAGCUGAGAAGAAGAAGAAGAAGACAGAGAGAACUGAAAAGCCAGUGAAAAAGAACAACACAGAGAAAAAAGUAGCGAAAUCCUCCAAGGAUGCCAAGGUUAAUGUUCACAACAGAAAUGUGGCACAAAAAGCCAGCAGCCUCGAGGAUAAAGAUGCUGUUGGCAAGCCUACUGAAAAGCCUGCUGAUACCAAGAGGGCGCUUGAAACAUUUCUUAGUUAUUUUGAAAAAAGAAGACGUCUGCUUGUAAUUACUACUCCUAGUGAAAAUAACAAAAUGUACAGUCAGCAGAAAGAUGAGUAUCUGGAACAAGUAUGCGACAUGGCUCUGCGCAAAAUAUCCAUUAUCACCAUUUUUGGACCCCCCGACAACGGAACCAUGAAGAUAGAUCAUUACCAGAUGGAGCAGGACAAGCCUGUGCGCAGCUUGCCAGUCAGUGAGCUCAUCAACCAAGAACUCAUCACAGCCUUCCGGAAGGAGCUUGGCAUGGUUUACGAUGACUACUUCAUGGUGCUGACUGACUUUGAUAUGAAAGUGAAGCAACAGUAUGAAGUACCUAUUAUCAUGAAGGCAGUGUUCGAUUACAUCGACACGUUCUCGUCACGCCUCAAAGAGAUGGAGCUUCAGAGGAAGCUAGGCAUCGCUUGCAAGAAAGAAGACAAGUCUAGAACUCUAGAGAAUUUCCUUUCUAGGUUUCGUUGGAGACGGAGGCUGCUGGUCAUCUCCACCCCUGAUGACGAGGAGUGGGCUUAUCAGCAGCAGCGUAAUGCUCUGAGCAGUCAGGCCUGCCACUUGGGGCUGCGUCACAUCUCUGUUUUAAAGCUGGUCGGGAGGGUGACGGAGGACAUGGGUGGAGUCUUGGAGCUCUAUCCAAUCAAUGGCAGUGCCACAGUGGAGCGUGAGGACCUUUCUGCCUCCCUGGUGCAUGACAUCAGGAACUACUUCCAGGUCAGUGCGGAUUACUUCUCCAUGCUGCUGGUGGGCAAAGACGGCAACGUGAAGUCAUGGUACCCGUCACCCAUGUGGUCCAUGUCCAUCAUCUAUGAGCUGAUCGACUCUAUGCAGCUGCGCAGGCAGGAGAUGGCCAUCCAGCUGUCAUUGGGAAUGCGCUGCCCUGAAGAAGAAUACGGUCACCAUGAAGACUAUCAUGAAGGCUAUCAUCGUGGCUACUCUUACUAAAAGAGGGGCAAAAGAGGAAAAGACUUGUGGCCAUUAAUAUGGAUGCAGCUAGACUUUCAUACAUUUUAUGAAUUUUUAUUAAGAUAGCACUAUGGUUUUAUUCUGUAUCAUUAUUCUUAUUUGUGAGACCGUUAUCUUUAUUCUGUAUCGUUUUUUUCUGGGUAACUUGACCUCUUAUUAUCAGUGUUAUAAAAAAUGACAAUAUAGAGUAACAUUUAAAAGUGCCUGUACUCUGGCACCUUAGAAAUCCAGUGUCCCUGGUUUGAUCCUGAGCUGUGUGGAAUUUGUGGACGUGCAUUUUAUCCCCGUGUCCAUGUGGGGUUUUCCAGGUUCUCUGCUUUUCUCAAAAAACAUGCUGGUAUGUGGAUUUGACUACACUAGGUGGCGCCACGUAAUAAACUGAUGUCCAGUUCAGGGUGGGUUCCUGCCUCAUGGCCAAAGGGAGAACCUCCAGGUCCAACCCGACUCUUCUCAUUUUUAGGCAGAUACUGAAGUUGAACAAAUGAACGUUGUAGUUUGAAUGUACUCUGUUUCAUACGGGUUUUUUAUUUUUAACAUCAGUGAUUUAGAAUUAAAUAAUCCAGUUACGCAUA